AGAUGCUCUCAAUCGGAGAACUUGCUGGUUUUGGCUUCGGCUGCACCGCUGUUACUUCUCAUAGGUGAGCUGAACAGUAUAUGUCCUGCCGAAGCGGACAAUAUUGAGUACUACAUCUCCUUUUCUAUCGAUUUUGGAUUUGCCGACGGUUCUACGACUCUGCGAGUGGAGUAACCCAUCUGACUAACGACAUUGUUCGAGUUUCCGUGGAGCGACGACAGCAACAUGAAGCCCGUUACCAGGAACGCAGAUUCCCUGAAGAGUUUGACGACGAGGCUGAAGGGGUUAAAAUUAUCUUUAAGUAACAUUAGCCAGUACGUUAAGAACUUUAAGGAGGGUACCCCUGUCGCUCAAAUCAAUGUUCGUCUCGAGAAGUUAGAUGUAUUGUGGGUUCAGAUAAGUGAGGCAAUCUGGGAAAUUCAAGCGCACGAGGACUUCACGGAGCCUGAAGGUUUGCAGAGGGAGCAGUUGGAGAUGGAGAACCGCUACUACGAUGCGAAAUCGUUUCUGGCGGAGAAAGUGGGAGAGGUUCAGCAUAAUUCCGUCCAGAACCAGUCGACUCGUCCUGGAGAUGUCACUCUACGUGGUGGUAUGGACCACGUUCGCCUACCUCAAAUCCAGCUGCAAGGUUUCGACGGCAACAUCGACGACUGGCUCAGCUUCAGGGACCUCUACAUGUCUCUGAUCCAUGAGAAGCCAGACCUACCCGAUGUGGAAAAAUUCCACUACCUCAAGGGGUGCUUAGCAGGCGAAGCUAAGGCACUAAUAGAUCCGCUAAAGAUCACCAGGGACAACUACCAGGUUGCUUGGCAGUCGUUGCUAAAACGCUACAACAACAGCAAGCUCCUACGGAAGAAGCAAAUGCAGGCUCUCUUCAAACUGCCGUCCCUCACCACGGAGUCAAUCGCGGAUCUUCACAGGCUGGUCGACGGAUUCGAUCGUGUGAUUCUGACCCUAGAUCAGAUCAUCCAACCGGCCGAGUAUAAAGAUCUGUUGCUGGUCGAACAUCUAAGCGCUUGUCUCGACCCGAGCACACGGCGGGGAUGGGAGGAGCACUCGUCGACGAAGGAGCAGGACACCAUAAAGGACUUGCUGGAGUUCCUGCAGCGGAGAAUCCAAAUUCUCGAAGCUCUACCAGCGAAGGUGGAGUCGAAAGUCUUCGAGCAGUCGCCACAACGCAGAAAGAAGCCAUUUUCACCGAAGGUCAGCACCAGUGCCGUACAGUCGUACAACGCGAAGUGUCCCUCAUGUGCGGAGAUACAUGGACUUCACACGUGUCCAUCAUUUUUAAGGAUGUCGCAGUCCAGCCGGGAGUCUUUCUUGCGCGAAGCAUCCCUUUGCCGCAAUUGCCUCAAACGUGGUCACAUCGCUCGGGAGUGCACUUCGAAGUUCUCCUGUCGGUAUUGUAGGGGUCGUCACCAUUCACUGCUGUGCUUCAAAGGAGGAGAUCGAAAGAGUAGCCAAGGAUCACCGAGGAGAUCGAUUUCAGGAGGUACUCCUAAACAGGGCAGCACAAGCACAAAUUUCAGGGCAGCGAAUGCUUUGGCGGUCGAAUCUACUUCUUCCAACGCGGCGCAGUGUGUUUCAUCGCAAGUUCUUUUGGCUACAGCUGUCUUAGUAAUAGAAGACGAUGUGAGUCGUCGGUACCCAGCACGCGCCCUUCUUGACUCAGGUUCCGAGUGCAAUUGUAUUUCCGCAAAUCUUUGCGAGGCGAUUAAUGUUUCCACCCAAAAGGCCAACAUCGCGAUUCAGGGCAUCGGGCAGUCCGGAGUGAAGGCAACUCACAAGACGAAAGCUGUCAUCAAAUCUCGCGUCUCGUCGUAUGCUCGAUCCAUGGAAUUCCUCGUCCUACCGAAGGUUACAGCGAGCCUACCAACCUCUACAGUUCAGGCAAGUGGAUGGGACAUUCCAGAGGACAUCGAGCUGGCGGAUCCCGAGUUUUUCCGAUCGAGGAAGAUCGACAUGGUGUUGGGCAUCCAAGCGUUCUUCAGCUUUUUCCCGUCAGGAAGGGAAAUCUCGUUAGGCAAGGACCUACCUGUGCUGACGGAGUCCGUUUUUGGGUGGAUAGUGACAGGCGAAGUCACAUCAGCAACUCAGGUGACUGGAUUCACCUGCAACAUUGCGAUAUCGCAAAUUAUGGAGGAGCCAAUUGGAGAAUCAAAGGAAAGCGAUGUGCGUUACUUUCAACCGUCCGGAAGCAGUCGAAGGAUUUCUGAACGGGAAUGAUACACGGAGAUUUUCACGAAGUGAUAUGCUUCAUAACGAAGCUUGGUCUGCUCGGAGGGACGAAGAGGCAACGAAAAUGCAACGCAACUAGUGCAGAACUAGGUGAUCCGCUAUCCGAAAUGGUGGGUGAGGAAAUACAAAAGUUCCAUUGGCACUAUCGACUAUUGGAAUGAAGGGACGUUUUCAAUGCAGCUCUUAUGCUCAAAAUCACGGGUGGUACCACAUAGGGUGCAACAGAGUGUGCCACUUGCCUUUUUAAAAUGUAGAAAUCGAAGUUUAGGGUUCGUCAGCAGAUUCCGUCCUGUGCAUCGAGGGGAGUUUUUCUCUUCUUUCUUUUCAGAAGUUUCCCGGCAACUUCAGGGUGGGUGAGGAUGUCUGCGAGCAAUCGAUCGAGCUACCAAAACAACCACACUCCCUGAGAGAGGUACUCCAUGCGCGAUAUCACUGAUGUCGCAUUUCUAUUGGUAUUGGCUCGUAAUUCUCUCGCAGUCUCUUUGCCGUGCGAUCGAUGCGAUCGCCGUUCGGGGCGUCGAUAGUGCAAAGGCUACACCAGCAGCAGCAGCGAAUGCUGCAUAAAAGUAGUUCAAAACAAACCGUCGUCGUACGCACAUCGAGGGGCGAACCCUCGAUCGAAUAAUUGUUUCGUGUUUAGACUUAAUUAGUAAUAAAUGUAGUGUUGUAAAUAAAGUUGUUUCGUUGAUUAGUGUAAAAUAAAUGUUAUAGUUGUUCGACGUAAAAAUAAACUGUGUAGUGAAUGUGAAACUAUUGGCGUUUUGUGUGACUGAUGGUCAUUUUGGAUGACGAAAAGCGCCCCUAAGAAAAAGUGUUUUGGAUUGGGAGUUCACUGGUGCUUUUGUGGGUGGAAACAUAGUUCUCGGUCGGGAAGGAACCCGACAGAUAGUUUAGAUUGCCCAGAAUAUCUCAUAACUAUCUUACCAUAUCCGUUGACCUCCCGAGAGGUGUAAUGGGUAUAAUUGAAGGCAUAUUGAAGCUUUCCGUACUAAAGAACGAUUUUCUUGCAGCUGUAGAUUUCUAAAGUCCUAAACUCAAGGAAUGUUUGGAUGGCCUAGGCCGUCCAAGGAACUUAAAAAAUGGUUUUUUGUACAUCACAGUAACUCUACGGUUACGUUUGAAUAAAAAUCUUAUUUUGAAACAAUAAAUCCGCUACCAAUACACCUAAAAUUUUCUCUUUCGUAACUUCACCGUGUUCAUGACGUUUUAGAUUAUCGUAGGGCCUUGAUCGCCUAUGCAUGAUAUUUUUCCCAGAUAGGGGAGUCAAUUUAAGCAAUUUUGCUGAAGAGAGCGUUCAUUUUUAUCCAUCGUGCGAUUUUAUACAUCCAUUUUUCGGUAGCGGUCAUAAAUGACCUCGUGGGCCUGAAAGGGCCUGCAAAGAUUUAUAAUUGUUGAUUUUGAGCAUUAUAUUCAUUGUUUGUCUUUUUUUUUCCUUUUCCUAAAAUUCAUAUACUUUAAAGUGAAAUCUUUUGUGUUUGAAUGUUUUGCUUCUCUUACAUAAAUAAUGGAUAGAAAGGAAGAUAACCUGAGUUUUGAAACAAAUUGUUAGGAAGAUUCUGUACCAAAUUAAUUUGGUUACACUGGCGACCACCUCGUCAGAGCUACCGAUAGAAUCGAUAGAAUAGUAACAAGGCAGUCUCGAUUGAAUUGUCAAAUCAUUUUCUGGCAUUCAGCAAACACGUACCGUUUUGACUCAAAUUCCGAACAUGACGUAUAUUUCGAAUACUCGUUUUUUAUAGCCACCCUAUAACCAGAGACCGGCGGAGUGAAAAACUGUCGAAAUGGCAACGUAUGAAAAUGCAUGAAAUCGUGAAAAUAAUACUGGCAUCACUUGAACUUUUUGCUUGCUUCUUAUGGAUGCAAAAAGUAAACAAGUCGAUUUGGAACCGCUUUUGACGGUUCGAUUGGAAACAAAAUGGCGUCUUCGCCGAUCUCUUAUUGUAGUAUUUCUAGUUUUUUAAUGGCCACUUGGCAUUUUUUAGGAGUGCUCGCGUUUUCGGCGGCACACCACUCGAUACGGAGGCGGUGCACAACUGUCAUUUUUGCUGAUUUAGCUUUGCUGCGUCGCAGCAUGCAUGAAAUAUUAAAAAUGACAGUUGUGCUUUGCUUCCGUAUCGAGUGGUGUGCCCCCGAAAACGCGAGCACUUUGAAACUUGAAUUCCGUGAGGAGUGACCUUAAUGUCGAGAACUAUUGGAGGUUUUCUGAACUUCAGGUUGCUUGCAGAUCUCUUGAAAGAUGACUGGUAGCGCAAGUGGAACGAAGAAUCGACCAGACCGUACAUGACUGUCUACAUUUGCUACACGCGAAUAGGCGCCGAGAGAACUUCUACGCAUAAAGUGUGUUGAUACUUGCGAUUCUCCAAAUGAUUCCAGAUUUGUUUAAAACGUGUUUUGAGCCUCUCAAGAUACGACGAAGUGCUGCAGUAUAAAGGCCGCAUGAUAACGGAAUUAAUUCUUCCCGCAGUGGUAGGUUUAAGGAAGGCAUAGUCUCGAAGACAAUAAUAAAAGAGACACUUUUUUGCCAAACACAUCCGUACAAAAUCGUAAGCUCAGGAGAGAAAUUCUACAGUUAAGUUCCAGCAGGUGGGUGUUGCUUUCAUUGGAUUUAACCCCUACGACGAUGGACACAUGUUACACAUAGGUUACCGCAACUCAUAUGUUGUUGCGACCAAAUUUUGUCUGACUUAUACUGUUCGGGACCUUACGUGUCCCUGGACGAAAAGUGCAGCGUCCCUUACUAUCUCUUGAAACAGUACAACUGAAUGGCUUCUCAACAAACUGUUCGCCUGGCGUAAGAGAUGUUCCGUCACAUAUGUUUUCGAAUUCCCAAAGUCACUCCAAUCGGAAUUCGAGACGUAACACAUCUCACAUGUCCUACGUACAGAUAUGUAAGUAUUUCAACUUCAACUUUGUGAUCGUAUGCGUAUCUUUAAGCUUUCUACAGUGCGUAUACGUCUGAAAGAUUUUACUUCUUAUUUAGAGUGUGGGGUCGGCGGAGAUGUGGAGUCAUACUUGCUGUAAUGAGUUUUCCAUAUGGCUUGUGCCUCCCGUCCAUUUCAAGCGCGGGUAGCAUUGAGACCCUUCACUCUAAGGUCAGCAGCUAGACUUUGCCGGACUCAAGCUAGCUAAGAACCAUCGUCAACGAAUGUGUAUGUUCGUACAUUUUCAAAGCUAGUUCGAAGAUCGGUGGCGUGACAUUAUAUAUACAGUAUCCGAAUGAUGGCGUCGAAAACCUUUUUUCUUUUGGGCUACGUGGGGCACGUGACCCACCAAAUUGGAUAUUUUCCCUGAAAUUUGUAGAUAUUGGCGUUACUGUUCUAAAAUAAAAGAUUUUUCAUCAAUUUUCAUAAAUGUCGGAGAAACCCCUGAAAUUUUUUUGAAGAUAAUUUUGAAAGUAUUCCUGGAUGAAAUCCAGAAGUAAUUUCCGACGAAAUUUUGGGAAAUUCCAUUAUCGUUAGACAUUCCAAUGUAAAGUCCUUUGAGCCUACUUUCAAAAAUCUCUUCAGGAAUUCAUCCGAAAGUUCAUUUAAGUAUUCUUUUUGAAUAUCUUUCAGAAAUUCCUUUGGAAAUACUUAUCUAAAAUUCCUUCAGUUCCUUUUUCGAACAUCCUUCAAAUUCCUUCAGGAAAUCUUCCAGAAAUACCUGCGGGAGCAAUCUACCAGGAAUUCCAAAUUAUUUUACAAAGAUCUACCAGACAUUGCUUCGAGUUUCCUUCAAAAAAUCCUUCAAAAAUGCCGAAGUAAGUUCCAACGGGAAAUCCUUUCAAGAGGCUCGGAAGCCUCCUUUCAAGAGGCUCGGAAGCCUCCUUUCAAGAGGCUCGGAAGCCUCCUUUCAAGAGGCUCGGAAGCCUCCUUUCAAGAGGCUCGGAAGCCUCCUUCCAAGAGGCUCGGAAGCCUCCU